CUCACUAGUCGCUAGCGGACAGGUUCAGUCAACAACAGCACGACUGGCCUUCUGCACUGCCACGUUUAAAAACAGAUUCAUAACAAGGUACUCCAAAACAAAAUGAAUGUUGGUGUAGCCCACAGUGAGGUGAACCCCAACACUCGGGUCAUGAACAGUCGAGGGAUCUGGCUGACCUAUGCCCUCGGUGUUGGAAUGCUUCACAUUGUGCUCUUGAGCAUACCCUUCUUCGGUGUACCUGUGGUGUGGACUCUCACAAAUGUUAUACACAAUUUUGGGAUGUAUGUCUUCAUGCAUGCAGUGAAAGGCACUCCGUUUGAGACCCCAGACCAAGGCAAAGCCCGGCUCCUGACACAUUGGGAACAGUUGGACUACGGCGUGCAGUUCACAUCAUCCAGAAAAUUCUUCACUAUCUCCCCAAUCGUUUUAUAUUUUCUUGCAAGCUUCUACACAAAGUACGACACAAUACACUUUGUCAUAAACACUGCGUCCCUUUUGAGCGUGCUGAUCCCCAAAUUGCCACAACUACAUGGAGUCCGAAUCUUUGGCAUCAACAAGUAUUAAUCUGAGUGUUAAGAGGGUCAGUGGUGUGUGACCAACUCUCAAAGGAGCUCUUGCCUCAUAGCAAGAUGAAUAGUUAACCCUAUGUACUCUGUACCACUGGAGUGUGUACUAAGCAGUUUUGUACAGUACGUGCAAUUAUCACUCAUUGUUUAGAUACGUCAGGUUAAACUGUAGUGGGAGAAUGAGAGAGAAUGCCAUGUGCAUUACUAACUUAAGUAAAUAUUUAAUGUUGUAUUUUUUUGAUCUGCAUAGACCUGGGCUGGCCCAGGGUUCAAACGUGGGCCUUUUUUUUGUUCUGUUUUGUUUUUUUGUUAUUUGCCCUCACUUCACACAUUGACAUGGACUGCGUUCCUUGUCACAAUGUAUUUUUCUGUUCUUAACUGGAAGCCUUAAAAAUACCAGAUGUAUUUUUAAAUAUGAUUUCUUCAUAAAAGUAGGGGCCUAUGGUUCAUUGUUUGACACACACUUAAGAUUGACACCCUUCUAAAAAUGAUUACUGGAAAAAAACUGGGGCCUUAGAACCGUUGCAUAAAUUUUACACUAAAUCUGCAUGCGCCAUUUCUGAAGUCUGUGCACGCACAAAUAUUGAGAUUUAUAAAAUUGGCACGUGCCAAUCAUACGCAUGUUUCCCCUUAGAAAUCAGACCUGUCGUAAAACUGCGUGCGUGAACAAGCAUUAUAACUUCGCCUGAAAAACGCCCCAUCGUUCACCUUUUAUGGUGACAAUAGUGCCAUUACUUACUUUGGAAGUAUUGGAAUUAGGCAAAGACCAUAUCUGGAAAUGGCGAACGUGAUCAAAUGUUUUUGGAGGUGUUGGCAGAAUGUUUUCUUUUGCAGUGACAGUUGCGGUAGCCUAUCUGACUGUUUCUGGAAGACAAACAUUUGCUAAUUGUCGUGGACCUGUAAACAGAUUUGAAUUAAUUCAAUCAUGUUUGGCUUUUGACUUUUUCCCCUAAUCUAAAUAUGGUGCACUGCCCCCAAGUUCUGAAAUUGACUCCUUGAAAUAGAAAUAAGCUAGUAGGCCUAAUUAGUGGUAGCUGACACACACUUCAAUGCAAAAUAUCAACCUGUCUGCUCACCUGUUUAAAUUCAGCUGUAUGUUAUAAACCACGCUCCCUUUCAGAUGAAUAGAGCAAAAAAAUUAAUUAUACUUGCCUAUAUUAAUAGGCCCAAUUAAAUGAGAAUUUGUUGUAUGGCUGCUUCAGGAAAAUGAACUCAUGGCCAGAAAAGGUGAGCAAUUUAAUUUGCAAUAGUUGUGUAUAAAUGCAAUGUUUUUCUCGGAAUUUGACAUUAGUGUUCAGCCGUGUCUCACAAACGUCAACGGGAAGAUCCUAACUUGUAUGAAACCAUCAGUCAGAAAAGGUGAGGAAUUUAUUCUACAAUGGUCAUGUAAUUGAGGUAAAGAAUAAAUCUAUUUCUAUAAUUUUUGCUCUUCUCACUAAUGGUAAAUGAUUGCAUCUUAUUACAUUUAGCGAGGCCUACCUGUUUUUUUUGUGUUUAAAAAAAAAAUCAUUUUUUGUUAUAAGUGUCAUUAUGUAUUCCUGCACAAGUCCACUACUAGGCUACUUCUGCCUUCUUACAAUGCAAUACUGAAACCACUAGAAACUCUGCGUACGCAUGGUCUCAAGCAGCAGUGGCGAACUAAUUGUGCCCCGGGGGCAGCAUUUGGUUUUCAACGAGUUCCAGAGGGCUACAAUGAAAAUGUUAUAUUGAUCCUUGCCAUCAAAAUUAGCACACACAAGUCCUAUAUUCAGUUUUUGAAUUUAAUGCUCCCUGACUGUCUUGUGAUUUAUUAGUGAGAUGGACAGUCAAGAAACUGUAUGAAUGUAGGUCCAUUGACUGCACAGUGAUUAGUGAGCUGGACAGUCAAACUAUAUAAAUAUAGGUUUAUUAUAAUUAAAAUUUUAAAGUAUAUUGAGUUGUUUUUACUGGGACCACCUUUGUGAGCUGUAUGUUUGGCACCCCUGGUCUAAAGUUUGCGGGAGGAUAAGCACAUCAAGUUACAUUUUUAUUAAUGCCAACUUGUGUGAAUACUGGCACAUGCAUAUUUUGUGUGUAUGUGACACUUGAGGCCCCUGAACAAUAUGAAAUACUAAUUUAGCAUGAUUUCCUUUGUAUAUUAAUAAUUUAUCCUUGUUACUCAAUCAUAUAGGGCAGGCAUUUUUGCAGUGUAUAUAGCUUGUCUGUAUAGGUUCAUGUCUUAUGUGAAGAUCAGAUGAUUUGUCAUAAGAUGUUAAGUGUUGUCAGAUAAUUGUUUACUGAGACAGGUCUAUGGUAUGGCUAUGUACCUACACAUGACUGCCAAAAUAAAAUAAACACUUGAGUAAAUGAGAGAUGUAAAGUAUAUUGAAAGUGGGUGCUUCUGUGCAGCUGUGGUUCCGGAGUUAAUUAAGCAAUUAAAAUCUCAUCAUGAUUAGGGUCAUAUAAAAUGCCCAGUUUCCCAUUAUUUCAGCUACCAUGGCUAGAAGAGAUCGGUGACUUUAAAGAGGGGUCUCAAAGGAGCAUAGGUGGUUUAAAGUGUGUGUGUCACCAGCUCUCAACUCAAUUGAACACUUCUGGGAGAGUCUGGAGUGGUGCCUGAGACAGCAUUUUCCACCAUCAAAACACCAAAUGGUGGAAUUUCUCAGGAAGAAUGGUGCCGCGUCUCAAUCCUCGUGGUGAUGUUAAAUAUUAGUGAUGACGAUAUUACUGUGCAAUGUAGAUGUUCUGUUUUCACCUGAGAUUGCAUAACAACUCGUAUGUUGAUGUAGUGUCCAUCGGUUAUGAAUGUUUCAACCUGUGAAGUUGUGCUUUUAUGUCAGUUCCUGGCUUCAAAGGGCACCAAAAACAACAUUAACAUGAGUUUUGGCGGUUCUGCUGCCACAGAAACAGACCCUGGGUCUGUUCUAAUGUGUCUAAUCUCAGUUAACCCAGAGGUAAAACAUCAUGUAGUUUGGGCAACUGAUCGUCACACGGGAGAGUAUAACACAACAAAUUCAGUUCCUGUGAUUUUACUAACAGAUCUCAGUUUAUUUUAGUACUAUGUAUGGCAACUCCGUUAGCUAACAGAAAUUGUUAAACGAAACACCUUGCCAAACAACCAGCAUGUUUUUCAAAUUUCCAAGGAAAGAUUCCAGUGGUCAUGUGAAUUUCAUCUGCUCCGAUUGGAUGAAACAGGCCGCACUGCCAUAUGGGAUGAGUAGUUUAUUUGCCCCCUAACUGGUAUGUAGUCUUGUACCCUUAACUUUUCUGCCAUAUCACUUUUUUUGUUACAAUUUCUAGUCUUUUUGAUGAAUGGUUCACCUUGGAGAUUUUUGUAUCUAUUCCACUUGACAAGCAUUUUGUUGAAAUUUGCAUGCUAAAAACAAGUGGGUGUGUCAGUUCCGGAACCAUAACUGUGUAAAGAGUGGCAUGGUGGCAUAACGCCCUUUUAAGACACUUUAUGUUGGUGUUUCCUUUUAUUUUGUCAGUUGCCUGUAUAUUCAUGUAGAUGUACUUGUUUAGGAUAUGAAUAUCUCCUGGAGGCUACUAUUAAGACAACCAAACAAAAACAGGACUACCUAUGUCUUAUCCACGGUAUUCUUGGAGCUUUUGUCAGCCCUUGUACCUAACAUCAUUAAAACAUUUAUGCCCCGAAA